GGUGGUGUGGUGUCGUGUGGAUGUGUCAAACAAAAUCUCUACCAAAAUCUUCAAACAAAUCAUAUCAGGAAGAAGCUCCUCAACUAUCCCGCGUAUCUUGGCCACACGAGUACCGGUACUGGCAAACGUGCUGCUGAUAAGCGUCAACACCAUUUCCGGAUCAUCUGAUUUCCUUCUACCCCUCUUUUGAGAAUUCGUUCAACACUGCCACAUAUUUCUGUUUCUUCUCAAGAUGUCGACUCAUUCAACUCCAUAUUCUUCCAUCUCGACACCGGCAACCCUAGUCCACGACGGUGCUAUCCACGAUUUCGAAGAUCCUCGUCACGAAUACCAAACCCCGCCUGCACCCAUAAUGUCCAGCUCAGAACAUCUACUCAUAUGUACAGCCUGCGGUACCCAGUUCGAUGCCGAAGAGCGAUCGAUUCUUACCAGAUGUCGCAUCUGCGAUGAUCCACGGCAAUUCGUGCCGCCUGGUGGCCAAGCAUUCACUACACUUGCUUCCUUGAAAGCUGGGGGUCAAUAUAAGAACAAAUGGAAACAGUUUGACAACGAUGGACGAUUUUGGAAUAUAUGGACUGAGCCUAAAUUUGCGAUAGGGCAGCGAGCAGUUCUUAUCAAGACACCGCUUGGGAACGUGCUGUGGGAUUGUAUAACUUAUUUGGAUGAUGAGACUGUGGACUGGAUUCAUGGAUUGGGCGGAUUGGCAGCGAUUGUGAUAUCUCAUCCACAUUAUUAUACUACACAUUUGGAUUGGGCAGAGAUAUUCGAUUGUCCUGUCUAUUUGAGUUGGGAGGACAAGAGUUGGCUGAAUCGACUUGAUAGAAUGGGCAAAGCUAGGACAUUCAUCGAGGGAAAGGAAGAGGAGCUUGAGAUACGAGGCGAGAAGACUGGCGUUAAGAUGUUGAAGCUUGGUGGUCAUUUUCCGGGAAGUUUGGUCUGUCUUGCCCAUGAAAGACUAUUGGUAGCGGAUACUUUGGUAACCACGCCAAGUGCAUUGGGAGAUUGGAGUAAAGGUCCAGGAGGAGGAAGAAAUACAAGACCGGAUGGAAUGAAUAGUUAUGCUUUCAUGUGGAGUAUACCCAAUAUGAUACCUUUAAGUGCGGAUGAGGUAGCUGAAAUGUGGGAGGUAUUGAAACCUCAUGACUUCUCGAGUACACAUGGAGCUUUUGUAGGCACGGAUGUGUUUGAUGGUAGUAAUGGAAGCGAGAAAGGGGUUAAACAGAGAGUACUUGAAAGUAUGCAGAUUCAAGUGAGGAGAAUGGGUUGGAGCAGCCAUGUCUUCUUGAAAGAGAAUUUGGACGACCAGGAAGAAGAGGUUCUAUGAUACUUAUGACAACGAUAAUGAUGAUUAUACCCAUAUGUUUCAAUAUAGAUCUAUAUUGUUGUAUCUGAUUUAGACCGAGAGUUUUGUUUGUUUCUGGACCAGCUUAGAUACUGAACGGAAAUUAUACUGGGUUGAUAUCGUUUUCUCCAUAUCGCUGUUUUCUACUUUAGUCUUAUUUCGAGCGCAGCGAGCAAAGGGGGUUUGGAGGCUUGCCUCCAUGAAUAGCAUGAUACAAAUAGCACGGCAUCUUAUGAAAGACUUGACUGCUAGAAGAGCCAGAUAUAUAAUCGAACAGACAGGUCAGAUAGCGCUCUGCUGGCCCUUAGAUAUCUUGACCAUAAAAUCCAGGUGGUUGAUUAGAUAGAUGACGCUCCGCUGGCCCUCCGGGGGCCACUGCCGUGGAGGCAGACUAAUGUGAGGGAAAGGAUAUAUGUAUUUCUGAGCCAAUGUUUGUAUAACUAUAUAGAGAAACAAGCAGCUAAAUUCUCAAAGUCUAGACCUACCUCUUUUUCACAUUGUUUCAAAUAAACA